AUGGAGCUAUUCAGUGCAGCGCGGUUAAAUAUCGGCAGCUGUAAAGGCGGCAUUGGAGCCGACGGAGCACGGUGGAGCGGGGUGCUGCCGGGUGGUGUGUGUGCGUCCCGGCACCCGUCACACCACCCAGAACACCGCUCCUCUUCCAGGUCCUCCAUCCUGAGUGAAGUUUCUACCCGGUCAAGAUCUAAAUUGCCAUCGGGCAAGAAUAUCCUUGUUUUUGGUGAUGAUGGUUCAGGUAAAACCACGCUUAUGGCUAAAAUACAGGGAGCAGAGCACGGCAAGAAAGGAAGAGGCCUGGAAUACUUGUACCUAAACAUUCACGAUGAAGACAGAGAUGAUCACACUCGCUGCAACGUUUGGAUCCUGGAUGGAGACUUAUACCAUAAAGGGCUGUUGAAGUUUGCGGUUUCGGCGGAGUCCCUGCAGGACACCAUUGUAGUCUUUGUGGCAGAUAUGUCUAGACCUUGGACUGUUAUGGAGUCUUUACAGAAAUGGGCCAGUGUCUUGCAAGAACAUAUUGAUAAGAUGAAAAUUCCUCCAGAAGAGAUGAGAGACAUGGAACAGAAGUUUAUCAAGGAGUUUCAAGAGUAUGUAGAACCUGAAGAAGGCUACCAGGGGUCACCGCAGCGACGAGGCCCUUCGUCUGGCCAAGAGGAUGAACACGUUUCUUUGCCGCUUGGAGAAAACGUGCUGACUCACAACCUGGGGAUUCCUGUGCUGGUGGUUUGUACAAAAUGCGACGCGGUGAGUGUAUUAGAGAAGGAGCACGAUUACAGAGAAGAACACUUCGACUUCAUUCAGUCACACAUCCGUAGAUUCUGCUUACAGUAUGGGGCUGCCUUGAUUUAUACAUCGGUUAAGGAGGAAAAGAACCUUGAUCUGUUGUAUAAGUACAUUGUACAUAAAACAUACGGUUUCCAGUUUACCACACCUGCCUUAGUGGUAGAGAAGGAUGCAGUUUUUAUACCUGCUGGUUGGGACAACGAAAAGAAAAUCGCCAUCUUACAUGAAAACUUCACGACAGUGAAACCAGAAGAUGCGUACGAGGACUUCAUUGUAAAACCUCCUGUAAGAAAGCUAGUCCAUGACAAAGAGCUGGCAGCAGAAGAUGAACAAGUAUUUCUUAUGAAGCAGCAGUCAUUCCUUGCCAAACAGCCAGCAACGCCGACAAGAGCAUCAGAAUCUCCUGCAAGAGGCCCUGCAGGAUCCCCAAGGACUCAAGGCAGAGCUGGUCCCGCCAACGUACCCAGUGCCUCACCAAUAACAUCAGUUAAGAAACCAGAUCCAAAUAUUAAAAAUAAUGCUGCAAGCGAAGGUGUCUUGGCCAGUUUCUUUAACAGUCUCCUGAGCAAAAAGACUGGUUCUCCCGGGAGUCCUGGUGCUGGAGGAGUGCAGAGCACAGCCAAGAAAUCAGGACAAAAAACAGUUUUGACGAACGUUCAGGAGGAGUUGGACAGGAUGACCCGCAAGCCAGACUCUAUGGUAUCAACAACCUCUCCAACAGAGAACGAAGCUUGAUAGCGCAUAAAAACCCGCAUAUGUAAAUGACCAAAUAACUAUGUAUAUUGAUCUGAUAAGACCAGGAAUUUUCUGCUAUGGCAGAUGCUAUCAGUUUUCUUGGGGCAGGGGAAAUGAGCUUUACUACAUCAUUGCCUUGUCCCAGUAAAAAGUGCACAUUCAGGAAGUUU